AUGCAGAAAAUACUAGAAAACACUGAAAAUUAUUGGGAACCAUCAUCAUGGAAGUCAAAACCUAUCCAGCAAAGAGUAAUUUACGAAAAUCAAGAAGCACUUGAGACAUCUUUAAAUAAACUGCGAUCUUUACCCCCUUUAGUUCAUUUUGAAGAAAUUUUAUUAUUGAAAAAAAGACUUAAAGAUGUUGCUCUUCAUAAAUCUUUCUUACUUCAAGGAGGAGACUGUGCAGAGUCUUUUAGCGCUUGUACACCGGAUUUAAUCAACUCAAAGCUUAAAGUUAUUCUUCAAAUGAGCAUUAUUUUGAUUUUGGGCAUCAAUAUUCCCGUAGUUACAAUAGCUCGAAUGGCGGGUCAAUAUGCAAAACCAAGAUCAAAAUUGACAGAAAUGGUAGAUAAAAAAGAAGUAUUAUCUUUUAGAGGGGAAUCAGUUAAUGGUUGUUCUAUCCAUGAGCGGCAGCCUAAUCCAGAAAGAUUGUUAACAGCGUAUUUUCAUUCUUCGACCACUCUUAAUUAUAUCAGACUAUUGUCAUCUAAUGCUUCUGGUUUAUAUACAUUGAUAGAUUCGAAUGUCUCCUUAGAAAAUAAUAAUAUUGAAAGCGGCUCUUCCACAAAUACUCAAAACACUCAGUUUCUUAAUUCAUUAAAUUUCAAAAAAACAAAUGGAAUGGAUAAUAAUCUUUUAUUACAAAAACCAUAUAUAUUUACAAGCCACGAAGGUCUUUUAUUGGAUUACGAAGAAUCUAUGACUCGGAAAAUAAAGGAUUCUGAAACAAAUGAAACAAAAUGGUGGAAUUUAGGCGCACAUUUUUUGUGGAUAGGUGACAGGACCAGAAGUAUUGAUGGCGCUCAUGUAGAGUAUUUUAGAGGGAUCGAAAAUCCAAUAGGCGUUAAAAUAGGCCCUACAAUGAAGCCUGAUGAACUGGUUAAGCUUCUGGACAUCCUAGAUCCAAAAAGAGAGACCGGAAAGGUCACUUUAAUAUUUAGAUAUGGCUAUGACAAGAUUAAAAAAUAUCUUCCACAGCACAUUAAAGCCGUUCAAUCAUCAAACCACAAAACUAUAUUUAUAAGCGACCCAAUGCAUGGUAUUUCUUCUUUGUUUUGCUGCAAUGCUCAACUUCACUUAGGGAAUACCCUGUUUUCCACUGAAUACCCACAUUUAAAAACCAGAGAUUUUUCACAUAUUUUGCUUGAGCUUAAGCUCUGUUUCGACAUCUGCAAGGCCUCUGGCUCCCAUCUCGACGGCGUACACUUCGAGAUGACUGGCGAAGACGUUACAGAGUGCCUUGGAGGUAGCAUGCAGCUCCAGGACAAGGACCUUUCCAGGGCCUACAAAACCCUCUGCGAUCCAAGGCAACUACUGACCAUUCCCCCCCUCUGUCUCACUGUUUACAGGUUAAAUUACAGCCAAAGCCUGGAAAUGGCUUUUCUUAUUGUAAAGCUUUGGUGCAAAAACCAUGCCUUUCUCUCUGCGUAA